GGCCGCUUCUCCCCCCGCCCCUCGCUCCUUAGCAACCGGUCGCGCCUGGCCCGCGAGGCCGAACCCGCUGCCGCCUGGGCCGGACUCGGUCCGUGGGGACUGCGGCGCAUCCGGCUUGGCUCAGCUCGGCGCGGCCGGCAGGAUGAAGCAGCCAUUAGUGGAUGACACUGAGGAUGUGUCUCUUGACUUUGGGAAUGAAGAGGAACUGGCAUUAAGGAAAGCAAAAAUCAGGCAUCCCCUGGCUACCUUUUUUCACCUGUUUUUCCGAGUGAGUGCUAUUGUUACCUACUUGCUCUGUGACUGGUUCAGCAAAAGCUUUGUUGCCUGUUUUGUCACUAUUCUUCUCCUUCUGUCCUUUGACUUCUGGUCUGUUAAGAAUGUAACUGGAAGACUCUUAGUUGGCUUACGUUGGUGGAACCAGAUUGAUGAAGAUGGAAAAAGCCACUGGGUUUUUGAAGCAAAAAAGGUAUCUACAAGCAUAGCUGCCUCAACCGAAGUUGAAGCUCGAAUCUUUUGGCUUGGACUGAUUAUCUGUCCAGUUAUUUGGACAGUGUUCUUUUUUAGCACUUUGUUUUCCUUGAAGUUGAAAUGGCUGGCUCUUGUGAUAGCUGGAAUCUCCCUUCAAGCUGCUAACUUAUAUGGAUACAUCCACUGUAAAUUAGGAGGGAAAAAAAGCAUCAGCAAAAUAACUUCGAGGUUUUUGUCACAGCAGAUGUUUCAGAGGGAGAGACAAGAAGAAAUUCAGGGUAUGGAUGUCCUGAAGGAUAUGGAAAUACAUAACCACUAGGUGACUGUACACUCUGAUCACAAAAGAGGAGACAAUCCUAAAUUUAAGUGACUGCACUCUAAAUAUGGAACUCUGCUAAUCAAAGAAAAAGAUGUCCGAGUGAUCUUAUCCAAUGAAACACAGCAUGGAAAUGCACACUACAAUUAAUCCUCAAAUGAAGAAGGCUUGAAAGUACUAAUAUUUAAAAAGAGACUCAGGUAAAUGUUCCAAUGAAAAUAUGUAUUUAAUAUAUAAGAGUUUCUGAAUAAAGUCUAUAUGUGAACAUCUUUGGAGAUUAUUUCACUAAUGACAUAUGCAAGAUUUCAGGUAUCACAAAAUAGUGCAUCAGAGGUGAAAUCUACAUGCAGUAAGUGACUUAUUUCUAUAAACUUAU